GCUACUCAUAUCAUCGUCAUCACACGUUUCACCUCCACGUCGUGUAUGCACUGCACAAAGCUUUAAAACUCGUGCUUGUAUUUUGAGCAGACAAGGCUCAUUCAACUAUAUUUCAUGUCCCGCAUCGCUUUGGAGAGCAUCCCUGGUCUCACAUUCUACAAAAACGCACUUACAGCUGCGCGGCGUACCAGUCCUAUUGCUCAACUGGUAUGCAUUGGGAAAGCGUGCGGGUUGUAUCAGCCGGAUGUCGUGCGCUGCAGUAAUAUUGGAGGGUCGGGUACGGAUGUUGAUUGGAAGUGCGAGGCGGACCUACCGUCCUCUUUACGUUUCGGUCGAGUCGAGGUCUCUUGCGAGGGGUGGAAUGGCCCUGGUGACCCAUACGUCAUGAAAGGAUCCUGUUCCCUCGAAUACAACCUCGUUCAACUCCCCGAUGCCCUUCGCGCCGACUCUGACUCAAGCUGGUCCCGUUUCUACACCCGACCAUGGCUCAGCAACCUCGAUUACUCCGGUAUCUUCUUCAUGUUCGUAUGGAUCGUAGUCCUGGGUAUGAUAAUCUACAGCUUUAUCCAACCUUGCUUGCGUCGCAAUACGUCAGAUGCCAACCACACCAGCCCUCCCUCAUAUCCCGGCGAUAGGCAAGGCAGGUCAGGACCAGGAGGAUUCCCCGGCUCUUAUUACACUAGCCCACCCCCACCAUACACCAAAGACGCCGGUUCAGGCAACAGCUCGCAGUGGCAGCCAGGGUUUUGGAGUGGCGCUGCACUAGGGGCGCUGGGAAAUCACCUUUUGAAUCGUCCGUCGGGGUCACGGGAGUAUGACUGGGAGCGGGAGAGGCGACUGCAGGGUAGUAUCUCGAGGAGUAGACCUGUGCAUGGGUAUGAUAGCCAGGAUAGAGGAGAGGGGUCGUCUGGUUUGGGUGCGAUGAGGACAAGUACGGGGUAUGGCGGUUCGAGUAGUAGGUAAUAAAAGGCCGCAAUGUACAGAUUAAUUGUACAAGAAAUGAUUUAUGAUAGUCAGAG